AUGCUUUUGGCCAAAUUUCUAUUCCGUAUACUAAUAACUGUUGAACUUUCUCUUAAAAUUGAUGCUUCCAUACAACAAGAUACUAAUCAGUAUAUUCAGGGGUCCUACUCAGACUUGACUAAAGUCUGGUUCGGGUCUGGUCCGUAG